UUCAACCCAACGCCCAACAUGCGCACAUCACGCAUAUCCCGGGACACCUCCGCCGGAAUGAGCGCCCUGUCCUCUUCUCCGCGCCGGAGACGCCUCUCCGCCCAGCUUCAUCAGACGGCGCGCGUCUCGCGCUACGCUGCAACCACGGAUCCCUCCGCGCCGAUCAAACACGAUGCGUCCACCUCCGACUCUGAUCUGUCUUCUGUUCCCUCCGACUUCGACGAAGCGCGCGGGACCGAGGCCAAGGCGGCGGAUGUCGCACCGACAUUGCAAUCGUCGCGCAAACGCAAGCGCGGCGAUGCCGGCGCAAAUGAAGACAUAGGCGAUCCCAAUGCGGCGGGCAUAGCCGCUGCGGCUCAGGCCUCCCGCACGCGGGCCGGCCUCGAGGCGCAUGAUGGCAUUGUGAAUCCUACGGCGGCCGCGAAGAAGGCCCGUCGCGCUCCGGCGAAGAAGACGGUUGCCGCGGGUGGCGCAGUUGCCGUGGAGCCGCCUCGGAGCUGGGAGGAAAUGUACAAUCUCACGGUGGAGAUGCGCAAAAAGGUGGUGGCUCCGGUGGAUACGAUGGGCUGCGAGCGGUUGGCGGAUGAGACGCGCCCUCCGCGCGACCAGCGGCUGCAGACGCUGAUUUCGCUGAUGCUGUCAAGCCAGACGAAAGACACGGUGACGGCGGCGGCGAUAAAGAACCUGCAAGAGAAUCUGCCGGGUGGCUUUACGCUCGAGAGCUUGCUGAAGGUCGAGCCGGAGCUGCUGAACGAGCUCAUUCUCAAGGUUGGCUUCCACAACAACAAGACUAAAUACAUCAAGCAAACGGCCGAGAUCCUGCGCGACAAAUUUGACGGAGACAUACCCGACACGAUCAAGGGCCUCAUAUCGCUGCCUGGAGUUGGCCCCAAGAUGGCGUACCUGUGCAUGAGCGCAGCAUGGGGGCGGGACGAGGGCAUCGGGGUCGACGUUCAUGUGCACCGCAUCACGAAUCUUUGGGGGUGGCACAAAACACGACAGCCGGAAGAGACGAGGGCAGCACUCGAAGCCUGGCUACCCCGCGAAAAGUGGCACCAGAUCAAUCAUCUGUUGGUGGGCUUUGGACAGACAAUAUGUCUGCCACUGGGCAGGAAAUGCGGAGAGUGCGCGCUUGCGGAUCGAGGUCUUUGCCCGGGCGCUGUUGUCGGUAAGAGCCAGAAGAUCAAGAAAGAGAAUGUUACGGUGAAGGAUGAGGGGAGCGAUGGUGACGUCGCGGAGAGGGAGGUAGAAGAUGUCAUAAAGGUUGAAGACGAUGUCAAAGCGGAGGAUGUUCCAGCAAAGAGCAUUGUGGAUAUCGAGGACAUAGGCUUGUCCAGACCGAGGCGGUCGAGGAGAACCGGAAAGUAAGCGCGGCGGGGACAGCUGACGUCCUACUCUUCAGCUGAAGUCGGAAUGCCUCAUCCCAUUUCCAAUGCUCCAACAACCUCUUUGGCUGCUGCCUUCAUGUAUGUCGGAAGAGAUGAUCGUGCGUUGUGUAACAUGCAAGGUAAGGCUGUUGAUUGCUGUUGGUUGGAAUUGUGAGAAUUCACUCGAUUAGAACGGAUGCCUUGCAAUCUGCAUCCGCAUGCAUCGUGGGUUAGCUACAUACGGUAACCUGCUUUGCCUCGCAGCCAGAUGCGCCGCUUGUUUAUCAACUUCCGGCGCGUACGGCUCCUUGCGCAGAGAUGUACCACGAGGACAGUAGCUCAAGGUACAAAAAGUGGGUUUAGUUAAUUAUGGCAGCAAGAGUCUCCGGAGCUUUGCAAUACUGGCC